AUGGGCAAGUACGACGACGGCGUGUUCGGGGGGGGCUUUCCGAAUUGGCAAUCUGCGUGGGCGCGCAAGAGCAGAUUCCCGCCACUGGCGUCCGUCGAGCCAGAGCCAGCAGAUAACAGAGUUGUGGCGGGGGAAUCAGUUUGUGUCAUCGAAGUGGAUGAAUGGAUCAACGCGGCCCGCCUCGAGGAAGCCGCGGGCACGGGGGCCGUGUCAACCAAGGUCGCGCAGGUCAAGCAGCUUCUCGAGGCCUACCGCCUUCGCGGCAGCAGGCGCGGCGAUUGGGGGGUGCUCAAGGUCAAUGCCCUCGUGCUGGACGGGGCCAUAUUGCGGAUGCAAGAGUCGAGUUUUGAUGCUCUACUUCAGCACCUCGAGAACGUGGGUUCCAAGCACGGCGUGUCGUUCUCGACCGACAAGUUCGACAGGCUCGGCGGCGCGCCCAUUGCUUUCUCUGCAGACCUGAUAGGCAGAUUGAAAGAAUAA